AUCGAGUAUAAUGUCAGUCCCAAGGUUGAGGUAGGUGUGAUGCGACACGGCUGACAGCAGCAGGGAACGUACUGGCGAUUCUGAAUGAGGAUAAAGGAGAGAACCAUCUUCGCAUAUACCUGUGGCUGCGGCCGCACCGAAGAUUGUCUCUGUGAGUGAUGGCGGAAGGUCACUGCAUUUACGGUCGCUCUUUAGUGCGCCUGCUUCGAGUCCUGUCCCUUCCCUUCCCCCCCCCCCGGCAUGGGCCACGGAACUAGGCUUCUUUUGGCGCAAGCUGUUGGUCCGAGCUCAAUGAGCUGCAUGACAUUGAUGGUGACCCGAUUUAGCCGACCUGUAGGGUGAAUGCAUUCAUGGUCCUUCGCCGCAACGGCCCAAAAGCAGGCGGCCCGCCCCCUGAUGUUGUACCUACUGUCGUGCAACUGUCUUCAUGAGAUGCGCACAUGGCAACCUGCACGGAAUCACAAGCCACCUUUAUUCGAAACUGAACGGCGAUCAACUAGCCUCAGAAAGAUUAUCUUCAACUCCAAAAAUGCAUCUAUCAGGAGAACAUUCACAGAAGAUCCACUGCCUUGCAUUGGAACACACAACCCAGAUUCUACUCUCACGGCCAGGCCCCAGUGCCUCAAACCAACUCUCCAUGCUCGCGCCGGUAUUGGUCAAAGAGGUCUCUACUAUCUUUCGGCGGGGGAAUUGGUCCGAAGUGACCAGCCAUGUAUCUCUCGUAUAUGCUGAGGUCCACUGGUGAGGUGGCUGCCCGCGGCGAACCCCUGAGCGUUUC